AUGGUUUCACAAGGUAAGGAACAAGCAAUUAAACAUCUUUCCAAUGCUAAUUUAGCGUUUAUUGCCGUACUUUUGGAUGUACAAAGUGAUUUAACUGAUAAAACAAACAAUUUAUAUGAAUUAAUUUUUGAAAAUAUUCAAGUUAUUCGUGGUAAUUUAAAUCAAAUAGAAGAUGGUACACAUUUUAAAUAUCUAAAAAGUUCAAAAGGUUUAAAAUUUAAAUUAGAAGAUAAAAAUAAUGAAGAAAAUAAACAAGCUGCAGUUGAUGAUGAUGAAGUCAAUGAACCUAAACAAGGUAAAACUUAUCUAGCAAUUCUUAUUGAUUCAAACAAUAUUACUGUUCUGGUUGAAAUCAAUCCUCAUGAUAUUAAUGAAAUUCUUCAAAGUUCUCGAGAUAAACAAACAACAACUAUUUAA